AUGCUGAGGAGAAUCAGGAACCAGUGGUCCGGACUCAAAGAGAAGGAGGCUAUACAGCUGGUAUAUGCCUUUGUGGUAUCUCGGGUCAUGUACGCCACCCCGUACCUGAGACUCACUCAGACCGAAGUCAACAAACUCAAUGUCAUCAUUCGAAGAGCUUUCAAGUGCACCCUUGGACUACCAGAGUCCGUGGCCACGGAUGACCUGCUCAGCACGGGCCUCUACAACACUAUCGAGGAACUCUGGGAAGCCCAGCGUAUAUCACAAAUCAAGCGCCUCAGCGAAACACCGAACGGAGGAUGGCUCCUGGAGCGGCUGCAAUUGGCCACACCGGGUGGCAUAUUACACCAAGAACCCAAACAAGAAUUAACACCAACUGUACGAGGCAAGAUCACGGUCGAGAAGAUCCCAAGGAACAUGAACUCGGAAAGGAACGCCAACAGAAGAAGAGUUCGUGCACAGACCAUAUCCAGGAUAUGGAGCAAGAAGCCCGGAACCCUGUACGCCGACGCGGCCAUCCUACCAAGAGGCAACACCGCCACCCUGGUCGUGGCCGAUCCUCGUGGCAACGUGGUGAGGACGGCGUCGGUCUCCACGACCCUCACAGAACACGCAGAAGAAGCCGCAAUUGCUCUGGCUGCCACAGGUACCAAACAAGACCACAUCACCGUCAUCACAGACUCGCAACGGGCGUGCCGCAACUUCGCCAAGGGUGAAAUAGGCGAACAGGCGGCGAGAAUCCUCUCCAAGGCGCAGUUUACGAGCAUGAAGAUCGUCUGGGCACCAGGUCACGCGGGUGUCGAGGGAAACGAGGCGGCAAACGCCGCAGCCCGAGCCUUUCAUUCGAACCGGGACUCGUCCGCACCUCAACCACACUCCCCUGACCCCAACAUGAAGUACAACGAAUACUUGAAGACAAUUAGGGAAGCCAGGAUGACUCUUCCAGCGCCACCUUCGAAGUUCACCAAGGAGGAGGAGCACCUCUAUAGAAGACUGCAGACAGGAACCAUGAAGACGCCAAUGAAGCUCCAUCAAUGGUACCCCCAACUCCAUCCUUCACCAACUUGGGGGGACCUGUACCACUUGAUGUGGGUGUGCAAGCACAUUAAAGGUUUGGAUCCGAUUCUGAACCCGACGAGGGACAGCUGGAACGCGGCACUCCACUGGAGCGAUCCGGGAAGCCAACACUGGUUAGUACGGAGAGCGACGGUGGUGCAAGCCGCGAUUGGAGCCCCGGACUAG